AUGUUGUCCCGGAGCAGCGUCCUCAUCUUCCAGCCACAAUGGGGUCAAGUCAGGAACAUGGCAACUUUGAAAGACAUUACAAGACGUUUGAAAUCUAUCAAGAACAUCCAGAAGAUUACCAAAUCUAUGAAGAUGGUUGCCGCAGCAAAGUAUUCAAAGGCUGAGAGGGAGCUGAAACCAGCUAGAGUAUAUGGAACAGGGGCUCUAGCAUUGUAUGACAAAGCUGAAAUUAAGGCUCCUGAAGACAAGAAAAAUCACCUCAUUAUCGGUGUGUCCUCUGAUAGAGGUCUUUGUGGUGCUAUUCAUACAUCUGUGGCUAAAGCUAUUAAAAGUGAAAUUUCCUCGCUCGCUGGUAGUGGAAAAGAAGUUAAAGUGAUUGGAAUUGGGGACAAGUUGAGAGGUUUACUGCAAAGGACUCAUGGUAACCACUUCCUGAUCAACUUUAAAGAAGUUGGUAGAAAGCCGCCUACUUUUGGUGAUGCCUCAGUUAUUGCUUCUGAGCUGCUGAACUCUGGCUAUGAAUUUGACCAAGGAUCUGUGGUGUUCAAUCGAUUCAGGUCUGUAAUCUCCUACAAGACUGAAGAAAAGCCAAUCUUUUCUGUAGACACGGUUGCCAAUUCUGAAAGUAUCAGUAUUUAUGAUGACAUUGAUGCAGAUGUGCUGAGAAAUUACCAGGAGUUUACUUUGGCAAAUAUCAUCUAUUACACAUUGAAAGAGGCCACUACAAGUGAGCAGAGUGCUAGGAUGACUGCUAUGGACAAUGCCAGCAAGAAUGCUUCUGAAAUGAUUGACAAAUUGACAUUGACUUUCAACCGUACCCGCCAAGCUGUCAUCACAAAGGAGCUUAUUGAAAUUAUCUCUGGAGCAGCUGCCCUGUAA